AUGUAUCAAUCACGUUCGUCAUCAUUACAUUAUGACAUAUUACAUGGAAUUCAUAUGUCAACUAAUCUGUCAGUUAUAAUUGCUUACCUAAGCUAUUUUCCACCACCACCACCUAUUAUACCUGGUCCACCAACUCAUCGUUUUCGAACAUAUUAUUCACCUAAUUCUGUUUCAUCAUUAUCAUGUUUUGUAUCUGAUAAUUGUAAUCCUCAAUCAUCAAAUGAAUAUAUUCCUCUCAUUGAUUAUAAUCAAACAACAUUAUUUACAAAUAUUUCUCAUACUACAAAGAAUUUUUCUUAUAUAACAAAAUUUUCGUCUCUAUCUGAUAAGAUAAUUUAUUUAUUUCAAAAUCAUUAUUUCUUAAUGUUUUUAUUAAUUCUUCUAUUAUCAAUAAUAUUAUUUUUAAUGUCUUUAUUAAUAUUAUUUAUUUAUUUUCAACGAAAUAAACAAAAUCAAUUAAGAUCAAAUAAUAAAAAUAAAAAACAUUAUAAUCGUUUAAUACAAUAUCGUCGACAACGUUCAAAAACAAUAAAUAAUAAUGAACAUAAUUUAAUGCAUUUAAGAAAAGAUUCUCUUACACCAAAUCUUACAAAAAUAUCAAUAUCAAGUGGAAUACAUACAAAUAAUAAUAAUGAAACUGAAGAAGCUGUUUAA